GACUAUAGAAUGGAGCCAUGAAAUAGUUGACGUUUGUUCACGUCUGUUUGACAAGGUGUAACAAACAGGAAUCUCGAAGAAUUUUGUCGUUUAGCCGCGUCGACAUGCUGACGUCUAUACGUCGAGCUUGCGGGCUCUUCGCUCCAAGAAACAUUAGAGGAGUACAAACAACAGCAAAUUGUGCAUCGGAUCAGCUGUUUGUUCACAGGGACAGCGAGCAUGACAAUCCCAAUAUACCAUUCGAGUUUAACGAGGCCAAUAAGAAGCGAAUUGAGGCGCUCCUCGCGAUUUAUCCCGAAGGUCAUAAGCGCGGCGCAAUGAUACCUCUGUUGGAUCUGGCGCAACGGCAACACGGCUGGCUACCCAUUUCGGCCAUGCACAAAGUCGCCGAGAUACUGGAAUUGCCGCGCAUGAGGGUGUACGAGGUGGCCACGUUCUACACGAUGUUCAAUCGCAAACCUAUGGGCAAAUAUCACAUACAAAUCUGCACGUGCACGCCGUGCUGGCUGAGAGACUCCGACUCGAUAGUAAACGCCGUGACGAAGGCUGCGAACUGCGAGCUCGGCGGUACCUCCGUGGACAAGAUAUUCACCGUCUCGGAGGUGGAAUGUCUCGGUGCCUGCGCCAAUGCCCCGAUGUUCCAAGUGAACGACGAUUAUUAUGAGGAUUUGACCCCAGAGACUGCAACAGCUAUAAUAAACGCUUUCAAGAAGGGUGAAAAGCCACCGCCAGGUCCACAAAAUUCUCCUAGAUUUGCAGCUGAUCCCGCUGGUGGACUUACAUCGUUGACGACCCCACCUUCAGGUCCCGGGUUUGGAGUUAGGUCGGAUUUAUAAAAUAUAUGUUUUUGAUAAGUCUGUAGUGUACAUUAAUGAAUGUAAAAAGGUUAUUAAUAAAUGUAUAUCAAAGUAA